UAAAAAAUAAAUAAUAAAUUUUAUUUACAGUUCUGUUUUUAAUGACGUAAUUUAGAUGAUUUGAAAAUUGCCACGCGCUGCGGAAUUAAUUUCUUUUUGUUUUCGAUUAAUUUUCUGUUAACAUUUAUAUUUGUUCCAUUGGAUUCUAUACUAUAGAGAAGAUUUGGAAGAAGACUAAAUUAAUAGAAGUGUUAUUAACAAAUGAUAAAAAAAUGAAAGAGCCCAAGAACAAAAUUGAAAUAUUCCUCGAGAUGAGCGGGAAAGUUCGUUUAAAGGCGAAUGGUAUUCUUGAUGAGGAUCCCUUAACAUUGCAAGAAAUCGUCUAUAAAUAUAUAUGCAAAUAUUUAGAUGUAAUUAGUUAUCGCUCUGAGAAAGAUCAAGUGCGCAGACUCUACGAUGACAUUGUUAUACCAAAUGAUAUAUGCGAUCGUUUACUUGAUGCUUAUCAACGUUUUAAUCGACAUAUUGAUGACAGCCUUGUUCAUUUAUUUGAAGAUCCCAACCGCACAUCUUUACAAAUGGUCAACCUACGUAAUAGCACUAUAACCAGCAAAGGUAAAUAUUGUUAA